GAAAGAAGGAAAUGGACACACUUGAUGAGUUGCGGUACAUCAUGGCUACAAUGACAGACAAGUAUGCAUCCAUGCUUCCUCCAACAGAAGAUGCCUUCCAACAACAUGUCCUGCGCGCAAAGUACCAAACACGGAUUUGGUGCAGGAGUCACAUCCCCAACCAAGAGUUGAUCAAACCGGUUGGCCAUGGUUGGUCCGCUUGUGAUGAUGGAGGCAUAACACAGACGAUGUUCACUCAGCCAUCAGCUCCAGUUGAAGUUCGAGACCUGACACAUUUCUACUGCACAGACAAAGACUGCUUGAGUGCGAGGAAAUGUCCUUGUCUCCUUGCUGGACUAGAGUGCAUCGAUGCUUGUUCAUGUACUGAGUGAAAAUCAGAACACCAUACCAGAAAAAGAAAGUGGCACAUGAUUUCUGUUGAAAAUGGCUAUUGACGUCAUGGCCCACAGUGUUAUGUAACCAUUUAGCAUUGUUGUAAACAGGGUUCAUGUACCAUGUUGUACUCAGCCUUCACCAUGCUUCAACUGAUUUUUAUAUCAAUGAUACACCCAGACUGAUGGAUAGGCCUUCAGUCAGGUAGACCUAUGAUACUGUUGUACCAUGUAUUGGAGGCAGUAUGCAUGGAAACGUUCUUUAUUACGGUCAAAAUUAUCAAAAAUUGCCAGAUUUUUUGGUAUAUUUU